AUCUAUUUUGAACGAAGAUAUUUCAUCCACCACUGAGGCUUCUUUUGUCGCCUGAUCACCAAAACAUAUUCUUGAGCACUACGCUGGUAUGGCCAUGGCACACAUUGGCGCAGCGGCUCUCGCUCUUUGCGCUCUCGCACCCCCCACGGUGCUGGCACAGAAUGCUCAGGUCAAGGUCGUGCUGGCGGAUGCGUUCCGUACGCCUGCUCCCCCGAACGAUGCCUUUGCGAUGAACACGAACCAUGUCAUCGUCUCAACCGCCGUCAUGGGCGGCAUUGCCCUCUUCUUCAUGGUCGUCGCCUACUUCGAUGGCAAGAAAUUCAACGACACGGUCCCGACAGCCAUCAUCAUGGGCUCUGCAUUCUGCGUCGUGCCCGAGGCCAUCGACAACUAUCUCGCCGGCUGCUUCUGGUCGCAGUCCCACAACCCAAAGAUGCUCCUGUUCUUCCUCAUGGGCCGCGAGUUCGACAUGUAUGUUGGCGUUAUGUGGUGGGCCUUUGGCGCGAUUCUAGGAUACAUUCUGUACGCCAUGCUCCUCCGCGAAAUCUCAAACAAGACACUCUGGAUCGGCCUGGGCCUCUCCGGUCUUGCCGACAUCAUCCUCGAGGAGAUCCUGCUCAACUACGGCGGCAUCUACAUGUACUUCGGCCACCAGCCGCUGGUCCUGAUCUCGAAGUUUCCAUGGUGGUGGCUCUUCUCCAAUGUGUCGUCGCUGUUCCUCAGCGUCUCCAUUGCCUACCGCUUCCGUGAGUGGCUCAACGGCUGGAGGAGCAUCUUGAUUUGCGCUCUCAUGCCCUUCUGCUACAUCGGCGGCUUCACGCUGUCCGCUAUGCCAACCAUCUUCGUCAUCCAGGGCGACUUCUCGCCGUUGGUCACACAGCUGGGCGGCCUCGCUACGGUGGCUGUGUCUUUGAUCCAGACUUUUGCUAUGUUCAAUAUUAUCCUGGAGCGCAACCCUUUCGCCCUCUCGGAGUCUCCGAAGUCGGUUAAGUUGGCGCUGAAUGGGAGCACUAAUGGCUACGCCAAUGGCCACACCAAUGGUAGCGCUAAGAAGGGGUCGAAGUUCUAAGCGAAUGGGAAUAAUCCAGACAUCGGCUGGACUAAUGCUUCCGAGAUGCACACGAAGAUGUGAUCGAACGGGCACAGCCUUGAAUCUUCUCAAACUCAGACAUGGCUGAGCAGUACUAAACGAUCCUUGCGUCUUUCCUUUUUUUGGAAAUUUUGGUUCGUCUAAGGAGCUAAAUAAGAAUGAGAUGGAUGCACAGAAUAUGAUCUUGUAUGAUGUUCCUGUUGAGUACAAUACCAGAAAAAAAAGUUUGGGCAUGCCGUCUUUUUUAUUUCGUCCCGAUUUCUGAUGACGUGAUGAAGCACCACAAACAACGGCAAGUGGGCAGACUGUCAGCGUGUGGAAUUUCUCUGUUUCAAAGCUCUCCUGGACUUUACAUCUUAUGAAAGCUUUUAGAAUCCGCCGAAGCAUCUCUAACGGUGGUGAGCGAAAGUGCUCACACUUUUGGCAAGGUAUUGGGAAUUGUACCUUAGUAAGAUCGAAAUAUUUGUGCAGAA